CUCAAACACCGGUUGUACUUACUUAUCUGUCGUGUUUUGUCACCACCGGUUUGGACACAUUACUCUAAUCUGAUAUUCUAUUCUCAGCAAAUGAAAUGAAACACAACUUUUAUUUUUUUUUAGUGUGGCGCUGUUUCUUAAGUUAAUAUGUCUAGUUGUAAUUGGGGGUUUUAAAUGAAACAUCAAACACAAAUUCACAUGAAAAUAUAUGGUAGUAUUUCCUAAAUGUAUAUUAAACUGCAAAGCAUUGGAAAGAGAUCAACAAAUGUCGUGUAGCUGUCAUCAUUUUUGGCUGGAUACACUAGGUGGAAGCAGCGAUUUCUAAUCCAAGGUACCUCAACCAAAGAAGAAGCACAGAGGCGAGCGAUCCUUUCUAACUAACGUCUGUGCUCAUUCCUGGGAGAAAGGAUGCCACCAUUGGGCCACUUACACAUGGAACAUGUCCUGCAGGCAGUCGGUGUCUUGGAGGCGGUCAUCCUUCGCAGUUUUGGCCCUGAAGGAGGACAGGUGCUGUUCACACGAGACACGGGACAGGUGUUGUUGAGCCGCAGUGGGACACGCAUUCUCACGGCACUACAUCUGGAGCAUCCGUUCGCCAGGAUGGUGGUGGAGUGUGUCUGGAAGCAUAGCUCUGCAACAGGCGAUGGAUCCAAAACCUUUAUCCUGCUGCUGGCAUCAUUGCUACGGUUGAUUCAUGCAGCAGCCAGCAAGGGGUCUAAUGUGUCUCACUCUUAUAGCUCAACAAAAGCAGCAGAGGCUGCCACUGCCAGACACUUGGCUGACAAACUGCUAGCAUUUGGGUUGAAGGAGUUGGAUGAGCUCAUUGCUACGGGAGUGGUCCCUUAUGGAGGCUGCAUUUCGUGGGAAGAUUUCACUGUGGAAGCACAAACGUCAUCUCUCACAAACAAUCUCUGUGUUCAAAAGCUGCUAAGAUCAUUUUUUCACACACGCUGUGGUUACACGCACUGUGACUUCAGUAGUCACCUCACAUGUGAGCUGCUCAGUCACUGGAAUUUUAAAAAUCAACUACCUUCAUUCUCUCUGCAGCUCGUAAGCGACUACUUCCCGGCCCUCCAUACACCUGUGUCGGGCUUUCCUGUCCGCUCUUCACGUUUAAUCGAGGGGCAGGUAAUCCACAGGGACUUUGCCACGCCACCGCUUAAGACUGACCACCAGCCAGUUAAGGCUGUAGUUCUCACCGGGUCGCUGCAACCAACAUUGCUCAGCACAGGAGACGUGCUUGAGUUGGGAUAUAGAGGCCGAAUGAAGGAGGAGAGAAGUAUUUUACACUUUAGCUCCUGGAUGGAAAGCUCACUGCAGGGUGUUAUUGCGAAGCUGCAGACUUUGGGUGUUUGUGUGCUUCUGUCUGCAGUAAAACAGUCUGCUGCUGUCCUGGCUUUAGCCACACAGGCAGAGAUGUGCCUUGUGGAGUGUGUCAGUGAAGAUGAACUCUCUCUGUUUUCCCAGCUAAGUGGAACUACCCCAAUCUGGGACUGUUCGAUGAUUGAAUCAGAGCACGUAGCCACACUGGCUUUUUGCCGGCCGAUACAGCUCGGAGCCCACAGGUAUGUCCAUGUGGCUUUCCAGGACUCGGAAGAUAGAAUCACCAUCAAACCCUGCAGUCUGAUCAUCUGUGCCCCAGGGGAAGGACAGAUUGAGCAGUAUGCAUGUGCUUUACAAGAUGCCAUUCGCAUGCUACUUAGAACUUGGGAGCCCAUGCUUGCAGCUGCAACCACAACAUCAAAGAGUACCCUGCAGUCGCAUAAAGGCGCAUCUUUACAUACAGACAGUCUGACCGAGCAAACCCCAUACAGAUCCAUCGCUAUACAGCCCAUUCAAAAGCCAGGCUGUGUUUUAUCUGCUGGUGGUUUAUUUGAGCUUCUCUUACACUAUGCCCUUCUACAACAUGGACAUAGUUGCUCAGUUUCUCCUGACCUAAAUAUAGAUGCUUCUGUUUCCCAGCUCUUGGCAAAUGCCCUACUGAGCGUGCCUCAAAAGAUUUACUCUCACAGUCCGCACCAUUUCCUGGAGUCUCAAAGACGGGUUAUAAGUUUUGUUAGUAAGUUUCCAAAUGAUUCCCACCCUUUUAGCCUUGUAUAUAAACGAGAAAAUACUAUAAGCCCUAUACAGGUCGAAGGGCCUCUGGGGGAUGGUAAACUAAGCUUGCAUUGUUGUAGAGAGGGUGACAAAUUGUCAAAAGUUUCAGAGUUGGAUCUGGGCCUUGAAUCUGUCUCCUGUAAAUACCAGCUACUUCUUGCUGUAUUGCAGUGUGUCGCAAGUCUCCUUAAGGUGGACGCUGUCCUGCCUACACACACGGCUUUACACACACAGUCGCGUAGACUCGCCAGGACUUCCUGGGAGGAUACAGAGGACGAAGGCGAGGGCUGAGAUUGUGUCUUAGUUAAGAUAAAAGCCGUGAACAUAUUUUCUCUCAGUGCUCCCUCAUGUCGAAGAUGGAGUAAAUAAUUUUUGGCACAGUGAUUUUUCUAUACCCACAAGAUAUAUCCAGCUAUCUGUCCAUUCUCUUCCACUUAUCCUUGUCAGGGUCAUGGGGGAACUGGAGCCUGUCCCAGCUACCAUAGAGCAAGAGGCAGGGACCUGAACAGGUCACCAGUCUGUUUUAGGGCUAAAACAUAGAGACAGACAACCAUUCACACUUACAUUCAAACCUAUGGACAGUUAAGAAUGAUCAAUUAACCUAACCCCACUAACUGCAUGUCUUGACUGCAUGACUGUGGGAGGAAGCCGGAGAACCUGGAGAGAACCCCUGCAAACACAAGGAGAACAUGCAAAAUCCACACAGAAAGGCCCCGACCAGGUGGUGGAAACUCAGGAACAUCUUUUUGUGAGGCAACCAGUGCUAAUCACCUUGCCACUGUGUAUAUUUUGUUCCAACGAAAUAUAUUUUUAUUGCAAGACACAGAUGGUAUUUUCAGUCUUAUGACCAUGUUGUGGUUGGUUGCAGUUUCUGUGGCAGUAAAAUGUUAAAGUGGUCUAUAGCAUCCUGUCCUGAAUCAAGGCAAGGUCUGGCAGUAAAAAAGAAGGCAUUAAACACUGUUGUAAUACAGAAUGUGCAGUUGCUAAAUAUUUUUAUGUGUUGCAAACCUUCCAAGCGAGAAUUUGUUAAUGCCUUUUUUUUUCUCAGUAUUUUUCAUAUUCAUAGAUUUUCUCUAAAAUUUCUCCUCCUUUUCUAUUUUCCUGGCCUAUUCCCUUGCUAGUUUGUCCCUUACACAAACGGUUUAAAUACACAUCACCUCACAAAAAUACACAGUCCUUUUUUAUAAUCAGUGUUAUCUCGAAAAAACGAUUGAGGCAUUUAGAAGGGCAACACCCGGCUGUCAACAACCAAAUCAUAGCAUGCUUCCUUGUGCUGUAAUCAGGGGAACACAAACUCUAUUUACUUCUAUACUCGCCGCUUUUUAGAUGGAAACUGUGAGUCAUAAAGACAUUAACUAGUCAUACUGUUUACCGUAACUACCGUGUCAUUAGUUUUGAAGACAAAAAUUUUCCAUAAAAUAUUUGUAAAAGCACAAUUAAGAAACAAAGACACUUCUUGUCUUUGUUUGUGUUCUAAGGGAGUCAGUCAGCUGAUAGCUGCCAAUAUCAAAGAAGGGGAAGCCGAGGGAGUUUUCCCAAUGUUUUUUUUUUCCUUUUUCCUACUGCGAAAAAGGAAACAAGCUUGAGUGUAGCUGUCAUUGUUGUCAGUCCUAUGGAGACACCUACGCACGUCUAACUCUUGCAGCAUGCUGUAUCGUGAGCGGCUAAAUCUAAAAUGUAAAUAAGGCUCAGUCUAACAGUGAAUCAGCGUGACUCUUAUAUUUUCAUUGUAGUUAUGAAUGUUACCAAGUGACCUAAGAACAGGUGCAGUUAAAUGUUCUCCAACUUGUUUACUAUUACAGUGUAUGGGAAUAAUUGCAGGUCAUAUUAUUUUAUGGUCCACUUUUAUUUCUCUAUUUAAAUGCUUAAAUUUUUCCUUGAUGGCAAGUUUUAUUUUCCUAUACUGAAUUGUUUAUAUUUUCUCUAUAAAUGAACCUUAUGAUUGUUACAGUAAA